UGUUUAAAAUAGUCAACGUAAUUAACAUGAUUUUAUAAACAAACAUAUACAUAUAUAUGUGUGUGUCAAUUUUCAGAUCACGAAAAUAGAGUUGAAUACGGAACUGCGGCUUUAUAAACACAUAUUGGUUUUUCCUUUGGAUCCUGCAAAAUGGAUCCAAAGGAUCUUCAUUGGAAACACUCAUUGUUAGAACAACUCCGACAUCGGGAUCAAAAAGAGAAGGUGCCAUUCGAAUCUUUGAUUGCUUCACAUUGGAAGCACUUUGAAUAUUCACAGUCGCUUAAAUCAAAGAAUGUUCAACUCACAGUGGAGACAGAAAAACUUAAGGAAGAAAAUUUUGGUUUACAAAUCAAAGUUGAGCAAGGUGGAGGGGGAAGUGGUGGGAACAACCAGGCUCUUGAACAAAAACUUUUCAAACUUCAAGAGGAAGUCACAGAGCUCCACAGACGAAGAGGGGAGAAUACACAGCAGAUAAUAGACCUAAAUAAUCUAUUGCAAGAAAAAGAAAAGGAGCUGCAUGGAAGGGAUGACAGACUGAAUGAUUUGCUUGCAAAUGAAUUAUCCUUGAAGAUGGAAAUAAAGAAUCUAGAAAGUACGAUUAUGGAAUUAGAAGCAACCAAUCAGAUGCUGAAGGACGAACACCAGGCACUACAGCUGACCUACACAGGUUUAGAAGAGAAAUACAGAAAAGUCGAGAAGGACAAUCAGCAACUCCUUGAACGAUGGAUCCGACAGCAGGCCAAAAUGGCUGACCAACUCAAUGCCGAGAAUGACCAGUUCAUGUUAAUACGACAACAGAAAUUAAGAAAAGAACUGGAAGAUGCAGCUAGAGAAAAUGUUCAAAUAUUACCAGAGAGGCAGUCUGGUGUGUAUGUCCCAACAACUAUUCCUAUCUGUCUGAGUGCCUCUUUACCUACCAAAGCUCAAUACAAAUUUGACGCCCAUGAGGGUGAUGUGAAUGCCAUCCGGUGGAGCCCCUCUGGGUCAAUGUUUGCCACAGGAGGAGCAGAUAGAAAGAUUAAACUGUGGGAAGUUAUCAAUGGGAAAUGCGAGAGUAAAGGAAUUCUGACAGGCAGUAAUGCAGGUAUUAUGGCUCUGGAUUUUGAUCUGGAGGAGAACUCAAUACUAGGUGCUUCUAAUGAUUUUGCCAGCAGAGUAUGGUCUCUCACAGAUCUCAGAGUGAGGCACACUUUGACUGGUCACAGUGGAAAAGUCCUUGCAGCCAAAUUCCUCGGUGAUAGCAGUAAAGUUGUCUCUGGGAGUCAUGACAGAACUCUGAAGAUUUGGGACUUGCACAGCAGAUCAUGUGUGAAAACAAUAUUUGCUGGUUCAAGUUGUAAUGAUUUAGUGACUAUUCACGGCACAAAUAUUCUCAGUGGACAUUUUGACAAGAGAGUAAGGUUCUGGGAUAGCCGAACAGACAGCAGCACCAAUGAAAUCUUGCUUCAGGGAAGACUGACCUCCCUAGAUCUGUCUCCAGAUAAAAUGAAUUUGCUGUGCUGCACAAGAGAUGAUACCAUAAAAGUGUUAGACUUGAGAAUGAACCAAGUAUCUACUACAUUAGCUCAUGAUGAUUUCAAAGUUGGCUGUGAUUGGUCAAGAGCUGUGUUCAGUCCAGAUACUUCCUAUGCUGUGGCAGGGUCCAGUGAUGGUGCAGUAUUUAUCUGGAAUAUCAAAAGAGGCAGGGUGGAAAAAAUCCUCAAAGAACAUGCGCAUUCUGUGAUAGCCUGCUCCUGGCAUCCUGUAGGUUCUUAUGUACUGAGCUGUGAGAAACAGCGUAAAACAAUCCUGUGGUCUGAUAUCUGAAGGACUUACCGAUCAACGCUAGUCGUAAACAGCAACAGUGCACACAGUGGAGUUUGUUAUGCAUGCUUAGCUGCUAGGUAGAAAGAUGUGUGUGAAAAUUCCACGGCUGUGUGAAGACUACAUAGGUCAUAGUUUCCUCUUACCAUUGACCUCGUUUUAGUUGCAAGCACUUCAAAAUGACACAAAAAUGAACUCUGGGAGCCUCUCUCUCUCUUUGUCAGCAGUAUAUGACAAGUGAUAUUUAUAUUUGAAUUUUGUUUGACACAAUUUUGAAACUGAAUUUAUGAAAUGACAUUAUUAAAUCAAUUUUGAAGUGAAAUAACAUUUACUGCUGAGUUGAUAACCAGUAUUUUAAAACCAGGGGAGUUUUACAAGGCUGUUGGGAAUAGCAUUAGUUUUUUUUUAAGUCUUUGUGAUUUUAUUUUUACAGUGAAGUAGGUUUUUGGAUGUUGCUUUAACAUCAGCUUUAUACCAUUAUUUAACUUUUUGAUUAUUUUUCCGUUGAUAGUACUACAUGGUCUAUCGACGUCAUAUAAAACAUGUCCUCGGGGUUUUGGAGUUAUUGUUUAUCACAUCUAAAAACUAUUGAUUUAUUUGAUAAGAAAUUUAACUUCAGUGCAUUGUAAAUAUUUACCGUUAUUAAUGGAUUUUCUCUCAUCACGCCUGGAAGAGGGUCAUAUUUGUUGUUAAACUUGAUUUUUUUUUUGAUUUUUUUUUUCGCUUCCCGGUAUCUUUUAUGUGGUACAUUCAGCCUCUCAGCAGUACCUCAGAAUUAAAACGUUUACUCUACACAGUCACUCUAUUUUUUAUGGGAAACAUACUUAACUUGCAUCUUCAAGAAUUCCAUGAAGUGUGAUAUUGUAUAAGUUUUGUGUGAAUCCUGGUGAUCUUUAGGUAUGUGUGUUGGCAAUCUUGCAGAUUUCAAGAUGCUAAAAUUGUUUUGUUUGCAAUUCCAUUAAGAUUUGAAAAUGCUUAAAAUUAUUUAGCUGCAAUAAUAUAGCUCUCUCUGAUUUUUUUUAGGGGGACAUCAGAAUCAGAAUUUUAAAAAUUGGAGAGGGCUACAUUAUUGCAGCUGAAAAUUCAUCUACAUGUAUUUUGAAAUAUUUCAAAUUGAAAAAAAAUGUGUACAUGUACAUUGAUAUUAAUCGUUAUGACAAGCCCCAUUACUGUGUUUUAAAGGGACUGGUUCACGUUUUUCGAAAGAAACAUUUUUCAUUUUUUAUGUUAAAAAUUAAAAAUAUAACACGUUUAAUGUUGACAACCAAAAUUUGGACCAUCUGAAUGCAAGGAUAAGAGCAAUAUUUUAGCUUUGAUUCUGUAUUAUGUAAACAGAGACUCGAGUCUUUUUAUGUCAACAAACAAACCAGUGAAACGUUGAUUUUGUAAUUUAAAGCAUCUCCAUUUUGUACAAUCACAAAUUUUAACUUUUAAAUGACACCUAAAGUAUACUUGAGAUGUGAUUUAUAUAAUAAACUUGUAUCAAUAUCGAUUUAUUUUGAAAACUCUGUAAACAAUAACACACCUCAAUCUUUGUUUUCAAAACAAAUAAUAAACUCUCUAUAACGAGCUUCUGUCAUGAUGAAUGACCUCAAUUUUUGUGUGAAACCUUCUAAACAUAUUAGACUGUAGAUUUUGAUCAUUUUAAGUGAAAAACAAAAGUUGGAAGGAAAUCGUGAAUCAGUCCCUUUAAUGUGUAAGGACCAUCUUCACAAGUCAAGGGUUAUUGAUUCGUUACCUCGCACUAACCCUUGACAUCAGUGACUAUCAAAAUGUUGGGCUCGUUCUGAUUGUUUCCACAAAAGAGUGGGAACCAAUGAGAAUGCGGUUCUAUUCAUAACAACGCAAAGUGAGAGAUUAAAAUAAAAAUGUGUAUUGAUACCUACAGUUAUGGCUAUUUCAAUCGUUUAAGCAAUAUUGUCUUAAGCAAAAGGGUUUCCAAACUUGAUCUACUAUCAAUUAACGUAAUUAGUGGUGUAAAUAUUGCAAUUGCGAGUGUUAAUCAAUACAGCAGUAUGAGAUCGCGUCAUUUGUAUCCAAAUACACCAUAACAAGAUGCAGUGAUUUCAUUGGAUGUUUUAUUUAUAGUGGAUUGUAUAAUGGUCUAAUGAGCCCAACUUUUAUAUAGCGACUGAUGUCAAGGGUUAGUGCAAGGUAACGAAUCAAUAACCCUUGACUUGUGAAAAUGUGUAAGGACAUGAAAUGAAUUAUUAGUACAUGAAGCAUUGUACAGUAUCUUAUCAAAUUGGUUUAACAUAGAAAAAGAAUUUUCUACACUGAUUGAACUAGCUUUGUUUGAAUUUAAAUGGAUGUUCAUAGCAGAUGAGAGAUUGUGAGUUGUUUGGAGGGGUCCUGUACCCCUCCAGUUGGGGAAUAGUUUGGACUGAUAAAUAGUUGACUUGCAUGUGUACGUAAUGUUUAGUUGUGAGAGUGUUUGUACAUUGUACAUGUGAAAUUUCUAAAUGAUUGCUUACAAAUGGUAUGUAUGUUUAUAUAUCAUCUGUUGUUGAAUUAAAUUUUUAUAUCAGU